ACUGACUCCGGAGAAAACGAAGAAGCAGACAGCUGUCGAGAGAUUUCCGCAAACAACGUGUAGUGUGAUCCUGCCGAUCCUGCUGGUGAUUGUAAUUUAAGUCAUUAGUACCUGUGUUAUUUAACUGUUGCCAUGAAAUGCGUGUUUGUAACAGUCGGAACGACAAGAUUUGAUGAACUGAUCGAAACUAUGAUUUCUGAGGAUACAGUUAAGGCUUUAAUUGAUCGUGGUUACACAGAAUUAGUCCUUCAGGUUGGUUAUGGUUCGCACCUCCCUGGCCCUGAAAGCUGUUCAGGACUGAAGUUGGAUGCUUUCCGUUUUAAAGAUUCUAUAUCGGACGAUAUGAAAAGAGCUGACCUCGUCAUCAGUCACGCAGGGGCUGGAAGUUGUCUUGAAGCUCUCGGGGCACAGAAAGCACUCCUUGUCGUGAUCAACGACAAGCUGAUGGACAAUCACCAGCUCGAGCUUGCCAAGCAGUUGCAUUGCGAUUCACACCUUCUGUACUGCACCUGCAGGACUUUGACUGAAACAUUGAAGACCAUGGAUUUCUCCACACUGACACCUUUUUUACCUGGUCAGCCACAAAACUUUGCAAAAUUCCUGGACAAAGCACUUGGAUUUGCCUGAUGGAGACACAGACCUUAACCAGCAAACUGAAUAAUUUUCAAGUGAAUUCUGAAAGGAAUCAUUCAAAAGUGUUAGGAGGGAUUACUCUGCUUGGAACAGACUACUGAGGAGAAAUGUCUGGUUAAAACAGGGUGGGCAAAACAUGGAUGGAGAUAUUUGGCUAAGAAUGGCGGCAGACUAUGGCAGGUUCAGCUUGAAGGCUGUUGAAAGGUAUUUUCUGUUGAUUGUUUUUUUGGGUACUGAUGAUUCAUCUGUCUACCCACAUAAAGUACAUUUGUCAAUCCUCAGUGCUUACAAGAAAAACGUUGGUGUUUAUGUACAGACUCACAAUGGGUUUUGAAUUUCGGUACAUUUGGAUUUGGGCUACACUCAUCAAAAUAGCAGAAGCAGACAUGCAUAACUAUAGUAACGGGUAUGAUGUAAAGACUCUGUCUCUUGUACAUUUCAAAACAAACUGACGCUCAUGGGUAUGUGUUCUUACAUGUCACAGUCAGGACCAAUCGCACAGUGAGGACCAAUAGCACAAGGAACUUACGGCAGUCUGUGUAAAAACAACUUUUUUUUUUUCUUUUCUCCACUGUGACAUAUUAUUAGGAUUCAGUAUAUUAGAGGUUUUGAUACAUGUUAGAUUGGGAGAGGGAAAAUGAGAGGAUUUUAUAUAGUAACGCAUACAUCAGAUAAUUUCCAUGGGAUGCUUUUCUGUUGCCUUGCUCAUGGGUCAACCAUCCUGUCUGUCUGCUACGGUCUCCUCUGAGUGCCUCUGAAGAAAUGAGACAUCCUUAACGAUGUCUGCCUUUGGCCAACCUCCACUGAAUGAGCUGGAGGAAUGAGGCAUGAGGACCGUGAAGCCAUAAACAUACUGACCAGAAAACCCCCCCACCACAUCUUAAUAGGCUACUCAUGAUUGAGAACUGCAGGCAUACAUCAAAGACGCAUACACACACAUACCUUGACCUGUUAGACACUCUCUUAAGUCUAAAGUACAAAGGGCCAUUUAUAAUUAUGUUUUACUCUGCAUACUUUUUGGCCUGUGCACAAACUGACCACUGGGAGUCCAUGUAAAGCUUCAAGCUUUCCAUUUCCUGGGCAGCAGAUUACAUGUGUCCAUCUCAUUCCUGUACACUUAUUGAUCAUACCUGUAGGACAAAAUAUAUUUAAAAUAAUUGUGUACACACUUAGGCAUAAAAGAAGCUCAACCAAAAGUUUCAUCCUUUGUAGCAAAAACCUGUAGCAAAAACAAGAAUGUCAUACACUAAUUAAAUAAUUUAGAUCUUCCUAAAUGCUUAUUUAAAUAGCUUUUGAAACUUCUUAAGAUCAAUGGUGUAUAUGUUCACGUUUCCAAACAGACAACAACCCUUGUAAGGCAGUGACGAGAAAAUGCUUUUUCCUGUAAUUUCUUUAGUCCUCCAUUGUGUCACUUCUUGUCCUCCAGUAGUCUUACUGAAAUAAACAGACAUGCUGAAAAAAGAGAUUGUGCAGGAAUGUUUUUAACAGCAGUAUUUAAGGUAAAGCACACCUAACAGCCAUAAAUGUUCACUCGGCAUAUAGCUUGUGUAUUUGUUUGUGAACAUGUCUACGUAUUUGUUCGAUGUCAUGGAAGGUGAACUGCACAGUCAGCAAGCGUUAAGAGGAAGUUGACAAAAGUUGCGUUUAGAGGAAGUCGUCAAGAGUUUCGAGAGGUUCAGGAGACGCGUUCGUUUCACACAGUAUGGAUGGUUGUUUUAAAAAGUCUUCAAAAUGAUCCCCAGCAAAUCAUUCUUGGUUCUCUUUGGGGGCCUUAUUGUCUGUUGUGUUAUCGGAAGGUGUUUAACCUCUAUACCAAGUAAGUGCUCUAAGUUUCAUCAUAUAUGGUAGUAUAUGGUUAUAUAAUGUAGACCUUCACUUGAUGUAAUGUUAUCACAUUCUUCAAAUAAAAUAGGAAAUUACAACAGUGAAA